AUGACUACCCAUUACGAAUCCCCAGAAGAAUCCCCAUCCCAGAUCCCCAUCCCAGAUCCCCAUCACAAAUCCCCAUCCCAGAUCCCCAUCACAAAUCCCCAUUCCAAAUUUCCUGUCAUGAAUCCCCAUAGGAUUACCCCCCCGACUCCCAGAAGCCCAACCACCAGCCGCAUCCGGCACAGCUCGCCUGGGCCAAGCGCGCGGCGCGCCGCACCCGUACACCACGCUUGCAAACAUACCCCAUGCUCCACCAAGACGGCGCCUUUUCUUUGCACCGCCCCCCAACACCGGACGCCCCGCCCCUCCCGCCGUCUUCCGCCGCCCCCACGCGUGGCCCGCCCGCCGCACCGACGCCCCUCCCGUUUUCCCUGCCCCGCCACCAUGCCUGGCGACUUGUGCCGCGCACUAUCCAGCCGGGCGCCCCGCAGACCCGACAGGCGCCGAAAGAGAAGACCGAAAAAGCGCCCCGGCGCGGCGAAAACGUCCGAGCCGCCGGCGGGCCCGGCCCCGGCCGGCCCGGAAACAUGCACUGCCUCAGCCCCGGCGGCGCUCGUGCCCCCCGAGCCCCCGCUACCGAGCCCCUUACCGCCGGCCUCCAGCAUCCCCCAACCGGGCGGCUUGAGCCCCCGAAAACAGACGUUGAUGCGCCACCAAACCCGCGGCGGGGCCGUGCGCGAGCCGCUGUUUGUCAGCGAGGUCAAGGAGAAGAAAAAGCUCCGCGGGCGCCUGCCGCCCGCGCCCGCGCCGGGCGAUGUGCUCGACGGCAAGUACUCCUCCAUGCUUGCGGGCCAGGCCAUGGAGGAGAAGACGCUGCUCUUCACGGCGCCGCUCGCGCGCGUCGUGCUGUACCACGACAAGGCCCCGGGCAGCCCGGUGCGCGCGUCGCCGGGCACGCUUCUAGCGCACGGCGAGCUCGAGAUCUUCCAGCUCCACGGCGGCGACGUGACGUACGUGGCCUGCGGCCGCAGUUUCGUGUACCCGCUCCUCCCGAGGCUCCGCGUGCUCCGCACCAGCGGCUGCGACUUUGUGUUGCCGUUGGCCAACCCGCAGCGGUGCUGGAAAAUCAGCAUCGACGCCGCGGACGCGGCCGUGGGCUGCCGCUUGGAGACCGUGCUCCGGCGCGUCGUGCAGUACACCAGCUUGGCGGUGCCGCCGCCCGGCGGGCCUGGCCCGACGCUUGAGCCAGGCGGGCCGCCCGCCCGCUCCCCUAGCCUCCACCCGCCGCUUUCCAACGACAUCCCGGGCCUGGCGCCCUCCAACGACAUCCCGGGCCUGGCGCCCUUCAACGACAUCCCGGGCCCGGCGCCCUUCAACGACAUCCGGAGGCCGCCGCUCUUCAACGACAUCCCGGAGUCGCCGCCCUCGGUGCCGGCGUCGCCCCUGGGCCCCGGAGUAUAUCCGCCGCAGGCCGCGUUGGGGGCGCCGCACGCACACGCCCCGCUCUGGCCCUUGCCGCGGCCCGCCCACAGAGCAGGGCUGUCCCUGCCACAGGCGCCGGCCCCCAGAACGGCAGCCGCGUCCAGCGCGCUCACCAACCCGUUCUUCCGGGGCCCGCCCGCCAACGUGCCCCGCCCGGACGUGCUGCCCCAGCCGGCACCGCCCCGGCACCGCCCCCAGGCCGCGCCGUCCGAAACCUCGUCCAUGGACUCGUUGCUCGACGCGUACGAGGAGGCCGUUUCGGCGGGCAGGUCCGUGCAGCACAGCCCCUCCAGGCCCGCGUCGCGCGGCGCCUCGUACGUCUCGGCGGCGCCCUCCGGCCCGUUGCAGUACCACCGCCAUAUCCGCUCGGACUGGGACGGCGGCGCGGCGGUGCCCUCCCCACAACCCACGCAGGGGCCCCUGGCGGACGGGCGCCCGCCCACGGCGCUGGCCCGCCGCGACAGGGCGCGCCACACCAGCUGCGGCGGCCGCUCGCGGCAGUCGUCCGUCAGCGACUUGUACUCCACGACGUCCAGCUGGAUGGAGCCGGGCGUCGCGCCCCGCACCGCCAAGUUGGCCAGCUCCCGGUCCUUGCACUCGGUGAGCGCGCACGCGAAGGGCCCCGGCCCGAACUUGGACGCCACGUACCGCCGGAUCUACCGGUCCAUUGUGCGGCAGGACGUGUGCCUGGGGGCCGGGCCCGGCCUCGGCGGAGCGGCCACGGCGCCUGGGACCGCCAGCCGCGCGGCGCCGGACACGCCGCGAUCUCAGGCCACGGGCGCCGGCCGCGGCAUCGUAUGUCCGGGCAGGCGGCCGCUGGACUCGUUGCCCGCGCAGCGAGACGCGCACUUGGCACCGAGCAGCCCCCGCAGGCACGCGGCAGCGACGGGCUCGAGGCCGCAGAGGUCUUCCGGCUCCUAA